AUGCCUCAAAUUUUGUUAACAAUUUUUCAACUGACGUCAAGAAGCGUAUCACAACUUUGUAUGUCGAUAAUGACGAACGGAACAGCAGGAAUACCGGAAAAGUUUAUGGGAUCAUUUAAACUUGAUCGCAGUGAAAAUUUUGACGAAUUUUUAGCCUCCAAAGGUAUAAAUUGGUUUUUACGAAAAAUGAUUUGUUAUGCUUCUGUAACGAAAGUAUUUUCUCACGCAGAUGAAAUCGAGAAUGCUUACUGUCUGCAGAAUCUGUCGGCUAAAAGAAACACUCUUUAUAAAAAUUGGAAACUAAGUGAAGAUUUUGAAGCUGAAGGAUUUGAUGGAAGAAUGCACAAAAUCAAGUUUGAUUACGACCCUGAAACUGAGAGUUUAAAAGAAACUCAUGUCCGAACAGAUGAUCCUACUGAUGCUGGUGAAACAUAUACUUAUACAGUAGAUGGUAAUACUUUGGUUCUGGUAAGUACUUCAUAA